ACGUCACUUCCUCCCUCCUCUCUCGCUUCCAUCUUGCUCCCCGCAUGUGUCUGCUGUUAGUUUACAGGUCAGUGAGGAGCUUUAAAUACCUUCUUCCCUGCACUGUUUCCCCUCGAUCCGACGGCAAGAGAUGAAAGAAAUAAUGAAUCAAGAAAAACUCGCUAAACUACAGGCACAAGUCCGCAUCGGCGGAAAGGGCAGUGCUCGCAGAAAGAAGAAGGUCGUACACAGAACAGCAACUGCAGAUGACAAGAAGCUCCAGUUCUCCUUAAAGAAACUCGGUGUCAACAAUAUUUCUGGUAUUGAGGAGGUUAACAUGUUUACAAAUCAAGGGACAGUCAUCCAUUUCAACAACCCCAAAGUGCAGGCCUCCCUCGCAGCCAACACCUUCACCAUCACCGGCCACGCUGAGACCAAGCAGCUGACCGAGAUGCUGCCGGGCAUCCUGAACCAGCUGGGAGCCGACAGUCUGACGAGCCUCAGGAGACUCGCAGAGGCACUGCCCAAGCAGGCUGCAGAUGGAAAAGCGCCGAUUGCAACAGUAGAAGAGGAAGACGAUGAUGUUCCAGAUCUGGUGGAGAACUUUGAUGAAGCAUCCAAGGAUGAGGCUAACUAGAGGAAAAGGGGACUCCGUGGAGUGUCAAGACUUGACAGGACCAUGUGGGGCACAAGAUGUUUUUCUGGCUAUUUCGAGAGGUGGAAAGUUCAGUGAAGUACCUGAGAAGAUGGAUAAUCUGUCAACUUUUUGGCUGUGAGCAUUCUGUAAAAAAUUUGCAACACUUGAACACAGUACUUGCAUACCCUUAAGUGAAUUAUUUUUGAGUAAUUUUGUAGAAUAGUACUCUAAAAGUGUUAAAAACUGGGGGGUAGGAGUAUUUUAGUGUGCUGUAUUUCAGCACUCAUUCCACCUCUUCUCCUCCAUCAGACCCUCCAAACGCUUGUUGUGCUCUGUGGUCUGUAUGUCCAGUUGAGAGUGAGAAAUCAUGUCAAAUGUGGUGUUUAAAGGCUCCUGCUGUACAUCUGUUUCCUCCAUGUUACUGAACCUUAAUUCUUUGUGGCCUCGUUAAAACCACCGUAUCUGGAAAUAAACCUUUGCUACUGUCAAUACAAAG